AUGAUCAACAUCGCUAUCAACUUGUCGUUUCGAAGAUUUGGUGAUUUUGUCGCUUUUUAUUUGCUUCUAUUACAAUCAUUAUCAUAUUGUACUAAUGGUUCAACAACAGCCAAGACAAUAAUGCAUGUUACAUGUGGUACUAAUGUGGAACUGAAUUGCCCUAUUCGUUCAAUAAAACAAUCUGAUGAAGUGAUUUCCUGGUUUCGUCCCAAUACAUCUCACCAUCGCUUAUCCCUUAUUGCUAUUGGUGAUAUUCUUUUACCAGAAUAUGCAGCAAAUGGCCGCUUUAAUUUAAUUUCAUCAUCGUCCUCAAAUUCUCGCUUAUCAAUAAAUAAUCUUUUAAUGGAAGAUCAAGGUUACUAUACAUGUAAAUCAAGUACCAGUGGUCAACAUGGUAUUAAAUUAGUUGUGAAUUCUCAUCCAUAUCUUUCUCCAUCGUCACCCAUACUUCUUUAUCCGGUCAAUCGAACAUUUACAAUAACAUGCUCAAUUUUGUGUGGCUCAUCAAUUGAUGUUCAUAAUUUAAUGUGGCUUGUUAACGGACAAUUAUUGAAUGAAGAUAGAUAUCAAUCUUUUAUUGAAACAAUUUCAUCGAAUACACAACGUUUAACAGUAUUUUCGAAUACGAAUAAUAAUCAUUUUAAUCAAACAAAUUAUACAUGUAGAUAUGAUGACAAGGAAUCAUCAGUAUUAGUUAGACGGAGAACUAAAGAAGAACUGCAUCGUUUGCCACGUCAAGAAGGUUCAUCAUCUGCUUACCUACUGCUAGCAGCUUCGGAUACAGGUCAAAUACAAUAUCAAUCAUCUUAUAAAUAUCUUCUAGUAUUUUUAUUAUUAUUAAAACUAAUUCAUUGUGCAAUAGAAUCGAAUAAUCGUUGA